AUGUUCGUCGCUACAAACCCAGGCUUUGUUGGGGCUCCCGUGACACGUGCGCUGGUGACGAUCGUCGUCUGCCUACCAGUGUUUGUGUCUCUCCUUGAACUGCAGCCCUACUUUGGACUCCAGAUGGUGCCUUUUAUCACAGCCUACCACCAGUGGUGGAGACUGUUGACGUGGCAGGAGGUAUAUGUGAACCAGAGCGAAAUCAUUUUCGCUUCUCUGGCUCUGUAUAACCUACGUAUCGUUGAGCGGUUGCUAGGGUCCCGACAGUUUCUGUCCUACGUCCUGGUGGUGCUCAUGUACACGUCCAUCUUUGUUCCUCUCAUCAGCGCCUUCAUUGGCAUUCUUCCGUUUGUGUCGAUACCUUACAUCCCAUCCGGCCCUACGGCGUUGAUUUUCUCGCUGCUGGUGCAAUACCGAGAACUCGUUCCGGUCGCAUACAAGUUCAAGUUUCUGUUGAGCUCAACGUCGGAUUCUGUCACCGAGGUGACGCUUACCGACAAAAUCUUCCUCAGUCUGUGUGUUCUGCAGCUUACGUGGACCAAGUACUGGGGUAGCAUCAUCAUUGCAUUCACCGGUUGGACGGUAGGUGUGCUAUUGGAUCUGGAGAUUCUGCCAGGCAAGGGAUGGAGAGUGCCUCUGUUUUUCCGGUUCGACAGCCGACGAGAAGCGGAGCGAAUCGAGGCGGUCAGCGAGGAAGAGGAGACCGACACGGCAUUCCAGCGACCACUCACCAGACAGAUUAUCGACACAUUUAGAUAG